UUUUCUGGAGGCCAAAUAGGAAAAAAAUUCGAUAGCGUCUCUGGUAUUGUUCAGAGGGCCGGGCCAAAUGUGCUGACGGGCCGUGGGCCGUAGUUUGGUGACCACUGGUCUAAGCACAGUCAGAACGAAAGUAUGCGCUUGAGCAUUUAGGCCUAUAUUGUAAAAAUAAAUCGUUAUUUGAAUUAGUUAAUUAUAUUAAUUUAAAUCUUUGGAUUAUUAUGUUAUUUUAAAAAUAUUUUUAUAAAUAGAUUGGGCGCUUCUGAUAUGCUCUUAGAGCCGACUCGUUCGCGAACGACCCAUCACUAAUACUCGCGGUUUGACUGGAACAACAAACUGUUCAUCAACACAGGUCGGAGAAGCCGAAGAUUCCACCGGAAGUAGCAUUAUUGUUUACAGCAGUUAGCUAAGGUGUUAGCUAGUUAGCAAAGUAGCUACCGGUAGAUAUAUCUAGCUAACAUAAAAGAGGUUUUGCAUGCCGUUGCACCAUCACCCCCCACUUGUUCAGAGGAUGAGCAGCUCGGAGGAGGUGUCCUGGAUCUCCUGGUUCUGUGGCCUGAGGGGGAAUGAGUUUUUCUGUGAGGUUGAUGAGGACUACAUUCAGGACAAGUUUAACCUGACAGGGCUCAAUGAGCAGGUGCCUCACUACCGCCAGGCCCUUGACAUGAUCCUGGACCUGGAACCAGAUGAGGAGUUGGAGGACAACCCCAACCAGAGUGACCUGAUAGAGCAGGCAGCAGAGAUGCUGUACGGGCUGAUCCACGCACGCUACAUCCUCACCAACAGAGGCAUCGCUCAGAUGCUGGAUAAGUACCAACAAGGGGACUUUGGCUAUUGCCCAAGAGUGUACUGUGAGAAUCAACCCAUGCUUCCUAUUGGUCUGUCAGACAUCCCAGGUGAGGCGAUGGUGAAGCUGUAUUGUCCAAAGUGCAUGGAUGUGUACACCCCCAAGUCCUCCCGGCACCACCACACGGACGGGGCCUACUUUGGGACAGGCUUCCCCCACAUGCUAUUUAUGGUGCACCCAGAGUACCGGCCAAAACGACCUGCCAACCAGUUUGUGCCAAGGCUAUAUGGCUUCAAGAUCCACCCCAUGGCUUAUCAACUCCAACUCCAGGCUGCCUCCAGCUUCAAGAGUCCUGUGAAGGCUAUUCGCUAGAACUUACACACCCGGCCGGGAAAGAGACAUUUUGACUUGGUUGGAAUGAAAGCAGUGGAUUAUGUAGCUCAAUAAAGGCUUGUUAAAAACACAUUCUGACAGAUACAAUACAUACAUGUAGAUCAGGGAUGGGAAACUCCAGUCAUCGUAGGUCGCAGUAUUACCCCAUUCAUAGCAAACACAGCUGAUUCAACACAUUGUAUUCUAAACUGAUGAUCAUGAUGAGUUAAUUAUUGGAGUCAGGUGUGUUAGCUGCAGCAAAAAUAUGGCACCAAUCAGGCCCCAGAAGGACUGGAGUUGACCAUCCCUGAUGUAGUUAGAUGUCUACGUCCGGACCAGGCCAUCAUCUGUUACACAGGAUGCUCCCUCUGUGCUUUAGCCGAUCAUAACCCUACUGACUACAAUCGUGCAACUCUUCCCCUCUCCUUGACAGGACCCAAUCUUUCAAACCUUUUUUCAGUUUGGCUCGCUAAGGCAGGGUUUUCCAAACUCAGUCCUGAGGCCCCCUCAGGUGCUCGUUUUGGUUUUUGCCCAAUUCUGAUCUUUUGCCCACGUAUUGUCAAGAGCUGAUGUGAUUGGUCAGAGUUGGGCAGCGUGUGUGAGCACAUCCUAAUACCUGUUGUCACACUACCAUGCUGACCUGCACAGUGUUGGGCUGGCUCAGAAACAUUCUCUACAUGGUUGCCUUUCCCGCAUGGUUCCAUUACCGAGGGUGGACACAACUUAGCAGUGUGAAAAGGCUGAUAUAAAACGAUCUUCAAUGAUUGUUCAUAUCCAGAUGAUUGGCUGAGAAUCCAAUUAACAACCAGUUUGAUAUAGAUUCCCUAGAGAAUGGAUGCUGCACAAAUUAAAUUUAAGACAAGAGUUUAUUAGAUGUAUAAGAUAUGUUCUCAGGGUGAAUGGCAACAUGGGUUUGCUUUGUGCUGACAUAAAGUACCAGUGCUGGGACACACUGUCCCAAAGUGAAGAUGUUCGGGCCACUUAAGCCAUCAUUAGUUGUGAACAUGUCCAUGACAGCAGAGUUGUCUCUUGACUGGACAAUGAGACGCAUGGUUUCUCUUGCAUUGGUCUGUUACAAUAUUAAGUGGUAUUGAACACACAGGUGGAUGUCUUUCAUGUUGAUAACCUAUAGCUACAACCAGUUUACAUUAUGGUACUACAUUUUACAUUAAUAAUGUUUUUCUUUCAGUCUACAAUUCCAGUGGUAAUGCUAUUAUUGAUUUUCUGAAGUCUGUAUGCAAGCAUCUGGAAUUAAGAGUUUUUAAUAAAAUUGUAUUUCUUACAA